AUGGCUGAUAGUAAUCAGACAAUGAUGUAUGACUUCAUUCUUUUGGGGUUCACCGAUCGUAGAGAACUGAAGUUUCCAUUCUUCAUGCUGUUUUUAUUUGUUUAUAUUAUGACCCUGCUGUUGAAUCUGGGAAUGAUCACAUUAAUCAGGAUGGAUUCGCAACUCCACACUCCCAUGUACUUCUUUCUCAGCAGCUUAUCCUUUGUGGACAUUUGUUAUUCCUCCAAUGUCACACCUCGGAUGUUGGCAAAUUUAGUAGCAGACUACCAAGUCAUUUCCCUCACUGGAUGUGUGAUACAGUGUGACCUGUUCAUUGCACUGAGUCUCACUGAAUCCUUCAUCCUGGCCGUCAUGGCAUAUGAUAGGUAUGUUGCCAUUUGCAACCCACUGCUCUAUACCACAAAAAUGUCCCGGAAGUUUUGCAUGUGGCUGGUGGCAGUUCCCUCUGCAUAUGCUUUCCUAGAUGCCACGAUACAGACCAUAUUCACCUUCCGCCUGACCUUCUGUGGCUCCCAUGUCAUCAACCACUUUUACUGUGCUGACCCACCUCUCAUGAAACUGUCCUGCUCUGACACCCAUGUCAAAUUGACCCUGAUGUUACUCUCUGCCAGUUUUAACCUCAUCAGCUCCCUCAUUGUUAUUCUAAUCUCCUACGUUUUCAUUCUCUUCACUGUCCUGAAAAUUAAAAAUGCUGGGGCGAGAUACAAAGCUUUCUCCACAUGUGGCUUCCACCUGACAGCUGUCACUAUCUAUUAUGGGACACUCUUUGUCAUGUACAUCAGGCGUCCUUCUAGCGUGUCCCUAGAACAGGGGAAAAUAGUUUCUGUGUUCUAUGUGGUGGUGAUUCCCAUGCUGAAUCCGUUGAUCUACAGCCUAAGGAACAAGGAGGUCAAAGGUGCCCUGAAGAGAUUAAUGCAGAGGAAAGUAUUAUUGCAUUAG